GCGAGAGCUGAAAAAAAGUCUAAAUCUCUUUUUUAUAUUAAAAAACCCAAAACUGUGCAAACACUUCUGAGAGCAAGAAUAUCAACUCCAAUCAACAAGCCCCCACCCUACCUCAUCACCGUACCUGGGAAUCUAACGGGAGAGAGCUGUUUUCUGAAUCCAUUUCUGUUCUCUGUGUUAAUUAAAAGAUUCCCCAAAUUGCAAGGGUGGGGGAAUUUCUCGGACUUCCUUCGAUCUGAAGCUGCUGCUAGUGGUGGUGUUUUUCAUCCAACUCUCUCGCCCCCCACCUUCUUCCUCCACCCCCUUUUCCCCUCUCUUCCCUCCCCCUUUCCUUGUGAUGACUUGUUGACUGGUUCCGAUCACUUUUUUGGUGAUGUUAGCGGUCGGACAGAUGGAGGGGAGCCGCCAGAGCGCGUUCGUGCUGAGCAGCCCGCCCUUAGCGGCCCUGCAUAGUAUGACCGAGAUGAAGAACCCUUUGAACCCCUACUCGCUGCAGACGGGGCCCGGCUCAGUCACCGGCGCUUCCUCCAUCUCAACGUCCCCUAGCCCGGCGGGGAUUAUCAGCGCGGCCGCUUCCACUGGGCUCAAGUCGACCUCCAGCCUGCCCGGUUUUCUGGCCCAGCAACAUUCGUCCACCACGCCUCACGGUAUUAACGACAUCCUGAGCCGGCCGGUGAUGCUCCCGGGCGGAGGUGGAGGAGGUGGGAGUGCAGGAGGAGGAGGAGGAGGUGGUGGAGGUGGAGGUGGCGGAGGGGGAGGCGGGGUCGCCUCUGCCCUGCUCUCGGGAAUCCCUCGUUUCAACGCCAGCCUCAGCCCCCCACCCCCGGGCAUGUACUUCAGCCCGGGAGCGGCGGCGGCGGCGGCGGCAGCGGCGGCGGCAGCGGCGGUCGCCCGUUACCCUAAACCGCUAGCUGAACUGCCCGGCCGGAGCCCCAUCUUUUGGCCGGGAGUGAUGCAGAGCCCACCUUGGAGAGAUGCACGGCUAGGCUGCUCCCCGCAUCAGAGCGCCAUGCUGAUCGAUAAAGACGGGAAGAGAAAGCACACCAGGCCCACGUUUUCCGGCCAACAAAUUUUCGCGUUGGAGAAAACUUUCGAACAAACGAAAUAUUUAGCCGGACCCGAGAGGGCGAGACUGGCGUACUCACUGGGAAUGACUGAGAGUCAAGUCAAGGUCUGGUUCCAAAACAGACGGACGAAGUGGAGGAAGAAACAUGCCGCAGAGAUGGCCACAGCCAAGAAGAAGCAGGACUCGGAGACAGAGAGACUGAAGGGCACCUCGGAAAACGAGGAUGACGAUGAUGAAUACAACAAGCCGCUGGAUCCCAAUUCUGACGACGAAAAAAUCUCCCAGUUACUCAAGAAACACAAACCCAACACAUUGCACGUUCUUACCAGUGAAAACGAAAGCUCAUAGGGAGAGUCCGGUGCUUUUAUUUUCCUCAUCCUGCGGAACCUAGCACUAAACUGUCUAUUUACCACUUCUCUGUACAUUUUCAGAGAUGUAUAUAUUUUUAUAUAUAAGUUAUGGGAAGAUUUGAUGAGCGGUUUAAGCACUAAUUCCCAUCUGCCUCUCCUGUGAAGGACGCUUAAGCCCCCAAUCUCGAACAUUUUUACACCGAGAUAGGCACAGAAAUAUAUUCCGCUCAGAGACUGAGAUUGUGAAGACCGAGGAGCUCCGCUACAUGUAAAUAGUCCGUGUAUUAAAUGCCGAACAGAAAGAAGAAAUAACUGUGAAUAUUUAUGUGUAAAAUACAUUUUGUAUAAGAACAGAUCCGUUUAAAAUUAGCGUUGGCUUUGGUUUUUAAUGUAUAGAUUUAGUUUCAUUUCUUCGUGUUUUGCAAUCUUGUGGAGUCUGAAUGCCAAGUCUCGUCAGAAUUUGUGUUUGUGCGUUUUAAACAAAAAAAAAGUACGGUGUCUUUUUAAUUCGUUAGCGUUUAAUAAAUUAUAUUGUAAUUCCA